AAAGUUUCCUCCGCCUUUUCUUUUAGCCCUUUCACUAUCUAACUAACUCUAUUUGUAUGUACCUUGUGUACCGAUAUGUUCCAUCCACAAACGAGUUUUGUGGAGAGACCCCGAAAGAGGUGCGGUGAAGGCGAGAGGGCCACGAAUCAAUACCCAAGCCCACGAAAUGCUGCCCCUAUAAAGCUGGACGUUUCGAUGUGAGGAUGCCCAAACGUCCCACCUAUUGGAAUCAUAAUCCAAUGCCUACCCACGCUCUUUGAAACUCUUCUUGUUGUCUGGAACUCUACAAAAGUUCAAAAAUACUAACAGUCUAUAGUCACAAUGAAGGUUGAAACUGAUUCUUUUUCUGGUGCUAAGAUCUACCCAGGUAGAGGUACUUUGUUUGUCAGAGGUGACUCCAAGAUUUUCAGAUUCCAGUCUGCUAAGUCUGCUUCUUUGUUCCACCAAAGAAAGAACCCAAGACGUAUCUCCUGGACCGUCCUUUACAGAAGACACCACAAGAAGGGUAUCACUGAGGAAGCUUCCAAGAGAAAGACCAGAAAGACCGUCAAGAACCAGAGAGCCAUUGUCGGUGCUUCUUUGGAAUUGAUCAAGGAGAGAAGAUCCCAGAAGCCAGAAGCCAGAAAGGCCGCUAGAGAAGAAGCCACCAAGGCUGACAAGGAAAAGAGAAAGGCUGAAAAGGCUCUCAAGAAGUCCGAAAAGGCUAAGUUGGUUGCCAGUGGUGCUAAGGUUUCCAAGCAGCAAGCCAAGGGUGCCUUCCAGAAGGUCCACGCUACCUCCCGUUAA